AUGUCCAACAGCAGCUCCAUCAGCCACUUCCUCCUGCUGCCAUUGGCAGACACAAGGCAGCUGCAGCUCCUGCACUGGAACACGAGGACCAUCUUUUAUGAUGGAUGUGCCGCUCAUGUGUUUUUCCUUAUGUUCUUUAUCACAACAGAGCUUUCCCUCCUGACCGUGAUGUGCUACGACCGCUACGUGUCCAUCUGCAAACCCCUGCACUACGGGACCCUCCUGGGCAGCAGAGCUUGUGCCCACAUGGCAGCAGCUGCCUGGGCCAGUGGCUUUCUCAAUGCUCUGCUGCACACAGCCAAUACAUUUUCCCUGCCCCUAUGCAAGGGCAAUGCUCUGGGCCAGUUCUUCUGUGAAGUCCCCCAGAUUCUCAAGCUCUCCUGCUCACACUCCAACCUUAGGCAACAUGGGAUUUCAUGGGUGGUUUUUUGUUUAGCAUUUGGUUCCUUUGUGUUCAUUGUUUUCUCCUAUGUGCAGAUCUUCAGGGCUGUGCUGAGGAUCCCCUCUGAGCAGGGACGGCACAAAGCCUUUUCCACCUGCCUCCCUCACCUGGCUGUGGUCUCCCUGUUUCUCAGCACUGGGUCAUUUGCCUUCCUGAAGCCCCUCUCCAUCUCGUCCCCAUCCCUGGAUCUGUCCCUAUCAGUUCUGUACUCAGUGGUGUCUCCAGCCCUGAAUCCCCUCAUCUACAGCCUGAGGAACAAGGAGCUUAAGGCUGCUGUGUGGAAACUGAUCACUGGAUGA